AUGAGUUUGACCAGGGGUGGCCUCAGAAUCACUGCCAAAGGGCCGGACCCUCCAGAGUUCGAGGGCAACCUGGUCCUGGAAGAAACUGACCUCGCUUUGGGGAAAAUAAAACCGCUACAGGAGGAAGACGGCAGCUCCAUCAUCUCGUUCGGGGAUGCGCUUCUUUAUGGUGGUCUGACCUUCUCCAAGGAAGUUGAGAUCAUCUGGGACAUCGGCGCUUCCUGGACCACCGAGAUCGGAGCAGCGGGUGCAUUCCACAAUACUCACGGCAUUUACCUGGCCGAAGUUUACGGGAAGACCAUCUUCGAGAUAACACCCGCCCAGAUCUACCUGCCACACAGAUGCACUGGUGAAGCUUGCAGCUGA